UUAUUGCUUGGCCCUAAUCCUCUUCUGUACCCUUUCCAUUAUAUGAUACUCUCAUAAAGUGACCUAAAAAGUAUUUGGGUGCAUAAGUUACACCUAAAUGUAUUGGUUUCAUUGCAUUGUAUACAAAAUACUAAGUGUCAUGUUCACAGAAAUAACACUUUCUGAGCCAUUUUUAGUGGAUGUACAGUCAUGUAUAAAGUUCACAUUUGCCCUUGAAAAAUGUGCUCUUUCUUUGUGUGAACAAAGUGACCAGAUGCAUUUAAUCAAUUAUGUAUAAUUACAUAAUUUUUCAUAAUUUCCUGUUGAUUCUUAGUCAUGAUGAAUGAAGAGGAUACAUAGACAGGUAUAUGUGUGUAUAUUGCAAAUUAAUUGUCCUUCUACGUGAUAUAACACAGUAAGGGAUACAGAUGCAUGAGAAUGAGGUGGACUGAUAUGUUACUUUCUAAAGCCAUCACAUUAGCUUCUCCUCAGGUAUCAAAUCCUCGGGUCUGUGCCAAGUGUAUGUCACCUGCCCAUGCUGCAGAAAACACUCUCAUUGGCUGGGCUGAGGGGGGACGGGGAGGCACAGGUUGUUAAAAGGUAGUGAUCUGGAUGCUGAUUUCUCUUAGAGAAGGGAACGGAGAAGUGGCACUGAAGUUAGAUGACUAGCUGCUGUUUGUGUGCAGCUAUUGGGACAAUGCCCAGUAUUCUCCACCCAGUCAUCCUGCUGAUGGCCUUGCUGGAGGUAACAACAAGGACUCAAGCAUCACUACCCAAGACCACACAGUGGCCACGACUGAAACCCACUAAGAAGCCUCCGCCUCGAGAUGAAGGAGGUCCUCCACAGCCGCCAGCCCGCUUGGGGUCUCAUUCGAUCACUACCACUGUGAGCCCCACCGCCAUUGGCAUCACAGAGGAAGUCACAGACUCCAUGAUGGAUGCGUACUCUAUUUCCCCCACCGACAGCACCACUUACUCCAGUGAUGCUUAUUCUGCUGACUACCACACGGAGGCCAUGGUUCCUCCUGGGGUGGGCCCUGGGAACUACACGUUGGACUACAACGAGUGCUUUUUCAACUUCUGUGAGUGUUGUCCACCAGAGAGAGGUCCUCCAGGACCGGUAGGAGAAAAGGGAUUGCCGGGUAUUCCAGGAGAAAAGGGGGAGAUGGGACCUCCUGGACCUCCAGGUCAAGAUGGACUCACUGGCGCUCCAGGGCCACAUGGAGAAAAUGGAGAGAAAGGUGAUCCUGGAGUGAGUGGGCUACCUGGGAUUCCCGGUGUUACUGGGAAACAAGGAGAGAAAGGUGAACUGGGCCUCAAAGGAGACAAAGGAGAUACCGGUUUACCCGGCCUGAAAGGAGACCCAGGGGACAGGGGAGAGCCCGGCUGGAAUGGAACAAAGGGAGAAGCGGGUGAGCCUGGCAUACAAGGACUGACUGGCCCCCCCGGACCAGAUGGCAUCAAAGGGGAGAAAGGUGACAAAGGAGACUGUCCAUUUGGAGAGAAAGGGCAGAAAGGCAGUAUGGGGGAGCCAGGGCCUCAAGGGCCAAAAGGAGACAUGGGCGUGCCAGGUCUGAAUUGCACAGAUGGGCUUCCUGGGGCUAAGGGGUUGAAGGGAGACCCAGGACCCCCAGGUAAGCAGGGAGAGCCUGGUCCUCCAGGACCCCAUGGACCACCAGGGCAGAGGGGGAUGCCAGGGAUGAAAGGCACACGAGGCCUAAAGGGAGCACGAGGUGUCCGGGGAUUUAAGGGUCUUAAAGGUGAACCUGCCGUUCAGAAGCGUUCAGCAUUUAGCGUUGGUCUUUUUCCUAGCCGAUCGUUCCCGCCACCUGGCCUGCCUAUCAAGUUUGACAAAGUCAUUUACAAUGAGGAGGGCCACUGGGACCCCCAUGCCAGUAAGUUCAACUGCACUCAUGGGGGAGUUUACGUCUUUUCCUACUACAUAACUGUGCGUAAUCGGCCCCUGCGUGCAGCCCUGGUGGUGAACGGCAUUCGGAAACUGCGAACUCGUGACUCCCUUUAUGGCCAGGACAUUGACCAGGCCUCCAACAUGGCAGUGCUUCGUUUAUCAUCUGGUGACCAGGUAUGGCUGGAGACUUUGCGGGACUGGAACGGUGUUUAUUCCAGCAGCGAGGACGACAGCACAUUCUCUGGAUUCCUGCUCUAUGCCGAUGCAACCAAGGACUGAUGGCCAGGAAUCGCAUUGACCUCUGGAUGAACCAUUUUAGACCUAUACUUCGUUUUGUAGGGGUGAACUGGAAGCUACCUAUAUUACCUAAAGUACUUGAGCCCUGAAUUUAGAUUUGUCUACUAACACUAAAUUGUACAGCCACUAAUUAUUAUGCUACCUGUUUUAUUGCCAGAACAAUCGUUGCUUGAUUGCAUUCAUUUUUUUUAAUAAGCUGAUGAUUUGUGGCAGCUAUAGCUCUUAACAUAUUUAUACAACUAAACUGGCAACUUAUGCAAUAAAAUUAAUAAUGCUUUA